AUGCCUUCAGACACUGCUGGAAAAACCAUUACCUGCAAAGCUGCCGUAGCUUGGGAAGCAGGCAAGGACCUCUCCAUCGAAAACAUUGAAGUCGAAGCACCGAAAGCGCACGAGGUCCGCAUAGAAAUAUACUAUACUGGUGUCUGCCAUACAGAUGCGUACACACUUUCUGGAAAGGAUCCAGAGGGAGCCUUCCCCAUAGUCCUCGGUCAUGAGGGCGCUGGAAUUGUCGAGUCCGUUGGCGAAGGUGUCACUAACGUGAAGCCUGGAGACAAUGUCGUGGCUCUCUACACACCUGAGUGCGGCGAAUGCAAGUUCUGUAAAUCCGGCAAGACGAACCUUUGCGGCAAGAUCAGAGCUACACAAGGCAAAGGCGUCAUGCCCGACGGAACAUCGCGGUUCAAGUGCAAGGGCAAAGAGCUGCUACACUUCAUGGGCACCUCGACCUUCUCCCAAUACACCGUCGUUGCCGACAUUUCCGUUGUAGCCAUCACUUCCAAAGCGCCAAUGGACCGUACCUGCCUGCUCGGUUGCGGUAUCACUACCGGUUACGGGGCUGCAGUGGUGACUGCGGAUGUGGAGAAGGGCUCGAACGUUGCAGUCUUCGGCGCUGGUUGCGUCGGCCUCUCGGUCGUCCAGGGCGCGGUAAAGAAUGGCGCUGGAAAGAUCAUAGUCGUGGAUGUGAAUGACGGCAAAGAGGCCUGGGGCAAGAAAUUUGGCGCGACCGAUUUCGUCAACCCAACUAAGCUUGGCGGUAAGAGCAUCCAAGAGCACCUGGUUGAGAUGACGGAUGGAGGGUGCGACUACACCUUCGACUGCACGGGCAACGUGGGUGUGAUGAGAGCGGCACUCGAGGCCUGCCACAAGGGUUGGGGACAGAGUAUCGUCAUCGGAGUCGCAGCAGCUGGCCAAGAGAUUAGCACUCGACCGUUCCAACUCGUCACCGGCCGUGUAUGGAAGGGGUGCGCUUUUGGUGGAAUCAAAGGCCGCUCGCAGCUCCCAGAUCUGGUGGACGACUACAUGACCGGCAAGCUCAAGGUCGAUGAAUUCAUCACCCACAGGCAGCCAUUGGACGAGAUCAAUACUGCAUUCCAGGAUAUGAAGGCGGGGGAUUGCAUCAGAUGUGUGGUGAACAUGAGGGAAGUAUAA